AGUGAGACGUGUCAGACUGCAUGGUGUCUUCUAAACAGGUGAUAUUUCAGGAUGAGGAGUGCUGCAGUGUUUCUGGUGUUGCUGCUCUGUCUGCACUGGACGUGGGCUCAGGGUGAGAGUGGAGGGGAGACAGAGAAUGAUAUCACUCAGUCGGAUGAAGAGAACAAGAACAUAGAGGUUCAGUUUGAGAUUCAGGGUGUCGAAACAAGCCUUGAUCAGAGCAGCAGCCAGACCAACAUCACCCCUGACAUCUGGGCCGAGCUGAAGGAGCUGAGAGACAUGGCCAUUGAACAAAAGGUGGAGCUGAGGAACAGCAAGAGCAAGAUAGAGAAACUGGAGCAGGACAAUACAGUUAUAAAGACCAGAAUGAGCUCUAGUGAAAAUGAAGUGGAGACGCUCAAGAGAGAGAAUAUGGUUUUGAAGGCCAGAUUGAGCAUCAGUGACAGCAAGGUGGAGGAGCUCAAGAGAGAGAACACAGACCUUCUGAGCAGAGUAACAGCAAGUGAAAAUAAGAACACUGCUUUAGAGGCCAGAAUGAGCUCCAGUGAAAAGGAGGUGGAGGAUCUCAAGAGAUUGAACGCAAACUUUUCAAAGGUGGCGUUUUCAGUCGGUCUCAAUGAUGCAGGACAAAUGGGACCCUUCAACACUGACGUCACACUUAAAUUCUAUAAAGUCUUCACCAAUAUCGGCCAGGCCUACAGCCCAACUACAGGUGUCUUCACAGCACCCUUUGGAGGAGUCUACUAUUUCAUAUUCCAUGGGUGGGAUGCACGUUUGUUAAAAUCAAUAGGUCUUAAAUUGUAUCAAAACGACAAGAGAAUUACUGGGUGUUUCGAUUCAAAUGAUGACGUAGGGUUAGUCUCUGUGUCUAAUUCAUUUGUUCUUAAACUGGACAAGGGAGAUGUGAUCUAUUUGGUUCUCAGCUCAACCUACGGUAUUUAUGACGAUGACUAUAAUCGUAGCACUUUUAGUGGGUUUCUACUUUUUGCUCUGUAAAGUCAGCUGCAAAACACCUACAGUCAAUUUCAUUAUGUUUCAGCUCUCUCUCUCUGUUGUAACUCUGUUGUAUUUGUGUAUUUUUGGGUCUACUGACAAUAUCAGACAAACUCUACACAAUUUAAGAA